AUGGUUUCUCUACCCCCUCCACCGCCGCCGCAAUGGGUGGUGAGAAUGAACACCCCCAUGCCACGCCCAUCCAAAGAGGCUACCAGUAUCCCUGAUCCUCCAGGCUUCUCCAGGAAAUCAACUGGCAAGAACAACCGCGCCCAGCAGUCCUCAGCCACCUCCGCCCCGUCCAAACCCGUCGAAACCGAUACCCUGAAGCUCAAGAAAGCAUGGGAAAUUGCCCUCGCUCCCUCGAAGCAGAUCCCAAUGAACGCGAUCAUGAUGUACAUGUCCGGAAACAGUCUACAGAUCUUCAGUAUUAUGAUGGUGUUUAUGCUGUUCAAGGGCCCCAUCCAGGGCCUGAUUAAUACCAACACGGUGUUCGCCAAGUUCGAUACAGAGGGUACGCGCGCGAAGCUUCUGGGUGUGAAGGCGAUAUAUGUCGUUAUGCAGCUGGUGCUGUUGUGCUUGGGUAUUUGGAAGGUUAAUGCGAUGGGACUUUUGCCGACUACGAGAUCGGAUUGGCUGGCUUGGGAGUCGGAACGGCAACCGUUGGAGCGCGCUUACUUUGCUUUUGGUUGA